CAGAUCUCAACAGCGCGCGCUCGAGAGUCCAGGGAUGACUAGGGAUAAGAUCGUUCCCGUUAUUUUAAUCCAUUCCUUCAAGUUUACGUUGCUAUUUGCGGUUAUGGUGUGGUGAAGAAUGAAGAGAGAAAGUGUUUUCUUACUUGGCAAUAAAACCAAAACAUAAUCUCCCUCAAUCACUGGAGAAUCAAGAGGAUUGUUUGUCAGAGAAACAGAAGGAAGUGACAAUGGGGCGAAAGAAGAUCCAGAUAACCCGGAUAAUGGAUGAGAGAAACAGACAGGUAACAUUCACGAAGAGGAAGUUUGGUCUGAUGAAGAAGGCAUAUGAGCUCAGUGUUCUGUGUGACUGUGAAAUAGCCCUGAUAAUCUUCAACAGCUCUAAUAAGCUCUUCCAGUACGCCAGCACGGACAUGGACAAGGUCUUACUCAAGUACACAGAAUACAAUGAGCCCCACGAGAGCAGAACCAAUUCUGACAUCGUAGAAGUGUUGAAUAAGAAAGAGCAAAGAGGAUGUGACAGCCCAGAUCCAGAGACAUCAUACAUCCUCACCCCUCACACAGAGGAGAAAUAUCAGAAAAUUAAUGAAGAGUUCGACAAUAUGAUGAGAAAUCAUAAAAUUCCAGUUGUUUUGGGUCAGCAGAGUUUCCCUUUACCUUUGACUUUGCCCGUCAACAACCCCACUCCUCUCUCCUAUAGUACAGGCAGUUCGCUGGACAUUCCAGCAUCCCUAAGUGGGGCGAGCAUACUGUCUCUCCAGAGGUCUGAUAGCACUGGGGUCAUGGAUGAUUUGCGAAGUUCCUCAGAUGUCACACUUCCAAAUGGUGUCCACUCCAGACAUGUGGCCAAUGGCUUUAUUGGUGGUUCUGAAGGAAGCAGUAUGGAAAGACUCAUGUCUCAAAAAUUUCAAGCGUCGUCUACGAUGGGCCGCAAACCUGAUCUGAGAGUGCUCAUACCUCCUGUAUGCAAGGACAAUGUUUCUUCACUGAGAAUAAACAACACCCAGUCCAGUCAAUCACUGACCACGCCAGUGGUUUCCGUGGCAACACCCAGUCUGCCUCCCCAGGGCCUUGUGUACUCAGCCAUGACCUCAUCAUUCAAUACAGAUUAUGAAUUGAACAGUCCAGAGCCCAGUACCUUGCAUGACUUCAGUUCACCAGAGGGCAUCGCAUCAGGGCCGUCACGGCAACAUAGUCAGCAUGGUCAGCCAGGGUUCAGUACUCAGAGAGGCACACAGCCCUCUGACCCCUCCAGCAGCUCCAUCACCAUCAAUUCAGAGCCCAUCUCCCUACCUAGAGAACAUGCCGCCCAGUGUAUCUACACCUCCAUCCACACUAUGCAUCUGCCCAACUCCAGACAUGAAGUGGGUCGUUCUCCUGUGGAGAGCUUCAGCUCUUCUGGUAGUUCACAUGAGGGUAGCGACCGUGAGGACCAGCGGGUGGACUCUCAGUCGGUCACUGCUACCCCAGGACAAGGUAGCAGAAAAUCACCAGGGACAGAGGACCAGGAAGAUCCGUCCGUCAAACGCAUACGAACAGACAGCUGGGUGACUUAGCACCACAACUAGUUCAAAGGAAAUUUCAAAAAGUCUGUUUCUGUCAACAUGGGCACCGCUGUAUUCUGCUUUGUACAGUCAGCAAACAAUGUGAAGGCGCAUCAAUCACAGUGGUGUCUCUGAAAAAGAAAAAUGAAAUAAAAAGACAGCUAUAUUGUAAAUGUGAGAGGGACAGUAUUUAGUUGUUUACUGUUUUAGGAUUCACAUUUUUACAGGGUUCAAAGUCCAAUUUAUGAAUUGUCCUGAGAUGUUUCGGUCAGCAGAGGAGGCUUUGCUGUAUUUUUUGCAGAACAAUAGUUUUUGUAACCAAAAUGUGUUGUUUUUAUCUUUUGUAUUUUUAUCUUGUGUGAUUCCUCCAUCAAAGCCAUGUAAAUAUUUAUUGAGACUCGCUGUUUUCUCUGUUAUUCAGUGUAUGAGUUUUGAUUCCCUAGUGAUCAAGUGUUAUACCAUAAAGAGGUUAAAGAAAACUUGUACACAUCCAUGGAGUGUGUAACAGUUCAAUGGAAUGAGGAAGCGGGAGACGGUGAUUCCAACUCAAGAAUGUCCCUUUUUAUUAAUGCACAAAACGAUUAAGGAGAAGCUUCAAUCUAUCGUUGAGGGCCAGGCGAUCAACACACACACAGCGUCAGGUGUCUGUGUCUGUCUCACUCUCUCUCCUCUCACACUCUGAGGUCUGGCCCCUUUUACUUCCCCCGUCUCUCACUGCGAACACAGAAACAAGCAAUAACCAGCAAUUCAUCUCAGGUGAGAACCCUUAUCACUUACUCUCUUUCCACAUGAACGCUCGACCAUGCCCUCGCCUCCACAGAGUGUUCACUUGGUAGGCAUGUUUUAGAUGAACUUCAGGAAUAUCUGCUUUUCAGUCUGGCGAACUUUCACACAGGAGUCACCCAAAUGACACUUUCAGUUCUUUCAAAGUUAAUGGAAAAUGUUUCUCCUAUUGCUUGCACUCAGUACCAACAAAGCAAUACUCCUCCUAAACUUGGAACCAUAAUUUCUUUUUAAAGUCAUAAUGAAACUGCAUUUGUAACCCAUUUUACUUUUGUAAUGUGACAUAUUUCUGAGUGAAAUAGGUUAUUAAAUGAGAGAAAAAAAAAAAAAAAUGGUUUUGACAAGGCAGAUCUGCUGUUGCUGCUGCAGAGCAAGUACGGAGACUUGCACAAUUAGACAAAACACAAGACAUGUUGCAUCGAGCAUGUAUGACAUGCUGCUGCACAAAUCGACACUGCACACAACCUCUAUGUUGCAUAUCUAGACCUGUGAUGCUGGGGUGGAGGUGGGUUUAAGAGAAAACUCUCACAGCUGCAAUGAAACCAGCUUAUCUGCUAAAUUGAACAAUAUUAAUGUUACACAAAGAGAGAGAUGCAAGUUGAUUGGCUACCCGGUUACAAGCCAAAGGACCAAUCAGCUUACACCAUGGGAACCUAUUGACUUAACAGGUCACAUGUGAACGAGCUGAUUGGCUAACAGAUAACAAUUCAAAGAACCCAUCAGCUUGCAUCACAUAGAGUUGCAUGGCUGAACUUUGGUAAUUUUACCCACCUCCACAGCUUUGGUGAUAUCAUCUGAAAAGAAAGAAGCAAUGUAUUACAUUUUGCUGAAAGAUUAUGAAGACAAACUUUUUUUUUUUUAUAUGAUGUGCACUGAUGAAUCAUGAACAAUAACAUCAGUAAUGUGUAUUAGGAUAAAUAUCUGGUCAAUUUUGACUUUAUGUUGGCUUUAAAUCCCACAAUCUCCUAAAAAACAAUGGAUGUUGAAAACAAAGACCAAGAAAUGUUUUUGCAUAAUGCUGGUGAAAUUGCUUGCGAUGUUCCUCAUUUGUAAGUCGCUUUGGAUAAAAGCGUCUGCUAAAUGACUAAAUGAAAAUGACUAAAUGAAUCCAUUUCUGUGAGAAUGCAGAGUUUAGUUUUGAGCUAUAGUUUAAAAACACAUUUUCAAUACUGCAUUACAUCAUGUAAAUAUACUAGAUACAAUAUUGCUAAUUUGGCUGAUGCUUUUGAAGCUACUGUACUUCUAUAAUAAUAUAUUUAUUGAAAGGGCCAAUCCCCUGGUGCAACUUGUGGUUGUGUGCCUUGUGCACAAUAUUGAUCAUUCUAGAUUUGCAUCUUGUGAGAUUCCAACCUGCAACCUUCCGGUUACUAGACUAGAUCUUGAAGGGUUAGUUCAC